AUGCUAACUCAUCCAUAUCCCUCUGCAUUCCCUGACUCUUCCACAACUCCUCCAACACCCAGAUAUUCACUCCGCUCUCGUGGAAAAAAAAAUGAGACUCCUGCAACGCUUUCAGCUGCGUUCGCAGAUCUGCCCCGAACUCGCGACAAACGAGAUUGGAAGCAGCUUUUGUCCUCCCCACCCACUAGAAAAUCGAAAGAAAAGGCCAAAGGAAUUGAUUCAGUCCCUCCGAGUUCCAACAAGGAAGACAAUUUGGGGAUGGACUUCAAAGCGCUGAAGAGCAUGGUUGUUGGCCACGUCAAAGACCUCGAAGAGUUAAGCCUGCUUUGA